UGCUUGAGCUGUUGGAGUAGGAACUAUUAUGUGUUGAACCGGACUGUAAACACAGACGGACCAGGAAGUUGGAACUGUCCCUUCAAGUUAACGCUCCGGUUUCGUGAAGCGUAAAUAUGACAAAAAUGUAGCCAUCAAAUGUGCUUUACAAUACCUGAGAGAAAUCUACUAGAAAUACCAACAAUGAUAAUGUGAAAUUAAUGUGAGAUGUAUGAAUAUUUGGACAGUUGUGCGUUGUAAACUUGGAAGUAAUUGAAAGCCGUCUCUGGUUAAAGAUGUCCCAUGAGCGAGAGGAGAGUCGGAGCUGGGACUGGGACAGUCCUCAUUGUCGAGCCCAGCUGGACGAGGUGUUUUUCCGCCAGCAUGACUACAUCCAGACGGGCAGCGCCGAACACAAGGAGUUCUGGAGCUUCUUUGAGCGCUUCCAGAGAUUCAGAGCCAAGAGAGAGAUGUCAGCAGCGAAAUCCAGCAGGCAGGAAUCACACGAGGGAAAAGACAGGAAGUCUGAGUCUGUGGAUCUGGGGCUUCCAAAGGAUUACGAUGCCAGGUACAGGAUCAACAUCUCAGUGUGCUCCAAAGACAUAGAGGAGCUCCUGGGAGGAUCUGAGCACAAGAGGCGCAGGGGCCCCUCUGGUCCUGGCAGGCAGGAGAUCACAGACUGCCGUCUUGCCCUCCUCCAUUUCCUAGAUUUCAACCAGAAGCAGAGCUUCAACAAGCUUUCUAAGUUAAGAAAGGAGCAGAAGAGCCUCCCCAUCUUCCAGUACCGGGACAGGAUAGUGGAGCUGGUGCGGACUCAUCCUGUGGUGGUGGUGGCUGGAGACACGGGAUGUGGGAAGUCCACACAGGUGCCCCAGUAUCUGCUGGCAUCAGGGUUCAACCACAUAGCCUGUACUCAACCUCGCCGCAUUGCCUGCAUCUCACUGGCCAAGAGAGUCAGCUUUGAGAGCCUCAACCAGUACGGCUCCAAGGUUGGGUACCAGAUCCGCUUUGAGAGCAGCCGCACCACAGCUACCAAACUGCUGUUCCUGACCGAGGGUCUCCUGCUCCGGCAGAUCCAGCGGGACGCUUCCCUGGGCCAGUACCAGGUGCUGAUCGUGGACGAGGUGCAUGAGAGACACCUGCACUGUGACUUCCUGCUGGGAGUGCUGCGUUCCCUUCUGCCCCUGCGCCCAGACCUGCGGCUGGUCCUCAUGUCGGCCACCAUCAACAUCAAACUCUUCUCCAGCUAUUUCAACAGUGCACCUGUUCUGCAGGUGCCAGGCAGACUCUUCCCCAUUCAGGUGAUCUACCAGCCCAUUCCUCCAGAAGAGCAGGUGUCCCGCUCGGAGAAACUGGACCCGCGGCCGUAUCUGCGUGUGCUGCAGGGUAUUGACCAGCGGUACCCGCCGGAGGAGAGAGGAGACCUGCUGCUGUUCCUCAGCGGAGUGGCUGAGAUCUCCACCAUCCAGGAGGCCUGUCAGACAUACGCCACACACACUCAGCGCUGGAUCGUCCUCCCUCUGCACAGCACUCUCUCACUGGCCCAGCAGGAUAAGGUACUUCUGAUCCCACCAACUUUUAUGUCAUCAUCCUUGCCAAAAUUGCUUAUUUUCUUCAUGUUGAAACAUCAUUGAUGUUUCUUAAUAGGAAAGGUGAAAGAGAUGAGUUUUGAUCCAAAGGCCAAGAUGCAGAGGCUGCAGGAGUUCUGGAUCAGCAGGGCCAGUUCUGAACAGAGGAAGGGACGAGCGGGCAGAACUGGCCCGGGAGUCUGUUACCGCCUCUACUCUGAAUCUGAUUACGACGCUUUCGCCCCAUAUCCUGUUCCUGAGAUCCACAGGGUGGCGCUAGACUCCCUCAUCCUACAGAUGAAGAGCAUGGGUCUGGGUGACCCUCGCACUUUUGCCUUCAUAGACCCUCCUCCCGCUUCUAGUAUUCAGACUGCAGUGAUGUAUCUGAAAGAACAGGGGGCGCUAGAUGAACACGGGGAGCUCACUCCCAUUGGCAGGCUGCUGGCUCAACUGCCUGUGGAUGUGGUCAUUGGAAAAAUGUUGGUUUUGGGUUCAGUCUUCAAGCUGGUGGAGCCGGUGUUGACCGUUGCCGCUGCGCUGAGUGUCCAGUCUCCAUUUCUGCGCAGUGCUCAGCACAACCCUGACUGCUUCACCACUCGCCAGCCCCUGAACAGCAACCAGGGUGACCCCUUCACUCUGAUGAAUACCUUUAAUGCCUGGGUGCAGGUGAAAGCAGACAGAGGAAGUGGCUCCAGAAAGUGGUGCAGAAGGAGAGGGCUGGAGGAACAGAGGCUUUAUGAGAUGGUCAACCUCAGACGACAGUUCAAAGAGCUGCUGCGGACUCACGGUCUGCUGGAGGUGGAUACAGGCGGCAGGACAGAGCCACAGGACCGAGCCCGGCGCAGAGAGAGACUUACGGAGAGACAGAAGCUCCACCAGCUGAAACGAGAUCAUGAGCUCCGGGAGAGCACUAAGAGGAAAGUUCUGCGCCUGGAGGAAGGACUGGAGGGAGACACACUGUCUGGGUCUGACGAUGAGGCAGCAGGAUCAAGCAAGAAGAGAAGAGAUGAUGCUGAACAGAAUGUGGACAUACAGGAAGUCAAGUUCAAAUUGCGUCACAAUGUGAAUGAGCUGCAGGAAGCUGCAUAUGCCAGUGCAGAUCUGUCGUCACGGCAGCAGGCUCUGCUUAAACUGGUGCUGUGCCGCGGUCUUUACCCACAGCUGGCCAUGCCAGAUGAGCACAAUGCAACCCGCAAAGACUCAGAGCAGGUGUUUCACACACGUAAUAAACAAGGUGUUGUGGUCCACCCAACCAGCGUGUUUGCCAUUGACCCUGAAGUUCUGCACGUCCCUGAGCACGAGUCCAGCGAGUUUGGUGCUGAUAAAGGGCAGAGCAACAGGCAUCAGUUACUGGCUUUCGUUACUCUGCUAGAAACAAACAAGCCUUACAUCUCGAACUGUUUGCGGGUUCCAGCACUACAGGCUCUGCUGCUGGUGGCCAGCUCUGUGGACAGUAACGCUGACUGCACGCGGGUGGUGGUGGACGGCUGGCUGGAGCUGGGCUUGACUGACGGAGCGCUGAAGGUGCUCUCCUCGGCCCUCAGUCUGCGGGGUGAAUGGGAGAGGCUGCUUCAGGCUCAGCUCGGACAUGGUUCGUCCACUGGACUCGGGGCAGGUGGGCCCAAAGUGUCCCGCAGAGAACUGGAUAAGCUCAGUGAGGGACUCGUGCGGUUUCUGUUGUACACUGAGGUUAGUUACAGUCUGAGGCGUCUGACAGCGCUGCAGUCUCAGAACCUGUACAUCGGACCGCAACUGGAUCCAGAUCUGUCUUCCGCUUCAGCUAUGGGCUCUCUGUUUCCUGGAAUGAAGGCCGAACCAGAUCCCAUCAAAGGAGGCCUGCGUUUGUGCAGCUACUUUACCUACAACUGUCUGUGUGACUCUAAGGACCUGUACAGUGAAUGUUUACGCAGUUUUUGGAGCUGCCCUCACUGUGACCUUUAUAUGCCCCUGACGCCCUUGGAGCGCAUGCAACACGAGGCCACUUGCAGGCCGCCAGAGGAACAGCAGCCUGAGGAAGAGUCUGACAGUGAAAAAACAUCCUCAUCAUCUUCAUCGUGUCUGACCAGGGUCUACCACUGUGACAUCUGUAAUAAAGACCUGACUCUCACCUCAACAGAGAUCCUAAAACACAAGCGCCAGCACCUGUCCUGAGCUCACACAUGGGUACAUGCUCACACUUUAAGACCUUUUCUGUCCAUCCAGCUCUUCUGUAUUUAUAUUUUCUCCAUACCAUUUUUAAAUAAAUGUGAAACUCUCAAUA